GAAGAAGAAGAAGAUGGCUGCUAUUUACAGUCUUUACAUUAUCAACAAGUCUGGAGGCUUAAUCUUCUACAAGGAUUAUGGAUCGGCUGGUCGAAUGGAUACGAACGAUAGCUUACGAUUGGCCAGUCUUUGGCAUUCGAUGCACGCGAUCUCGCAGCAAUUGUCUCCGAUUUCCGGUUGUGCAGGGAUUGAACUUCUUCAAGCCGAUACAUUCGAUUUGCAUUGCUUCCAAUCACUUACAGGGACGAAAUUUUUCGUGGUGUGUGAACCAGGAACACAAUACAUGGAUAAUCUUCUGAAAUAUAUCUAUGAACUGUACACAGAUUAUGUGUUAAAGAAUCCUUUCUAUGAAAUGGAGAUGCCAAUACGCUGUGAGCUCUUUGAUAUUAACGUAUCACAAGCAGUUCAGAAGGAUCGUGUUGUUUUGCUGGGAAGAUGAUCAGGGUUGUUAUUGUCAUGAAAUUGGUGUCCUAUUCGCGGCUGAGUCAUGGAAGUUGGGCGGCUCAAUGGUGUGUGUGUAUUAGAGUCAAAUGUCUUAGGCUUAUUAGUAUUUUAUGAAUAAAUAAGGUUAUGACUGAGUUGAGUUGGGUCAAUAAUGAAACAAGAAACAAAAGAUGCUAUAUAAAAGGGCUUGGAAUGAGAUGGAUCAAGGCGCAAAUU